AUGUUAAAACCUUUAGAAGAAAAUAUAGGAAGUUUUUAUAACCUUCGGGCAGAAAGAAUACAAGUCAAUGACCAAAUUGUGGAAGUGGAUGGAAUCAGCUUGGUGGGUGUCACACAGAAUUUCGCUGCAACAGUUCUCAGAAACACCAAGGGCAAUGUCAGGUUUGUUAUUGGGCGAGAAAAACCAGGACAAGUGAGUGAGGUUGCCCAGUUGAUAAGCCAGACGCUGGAACAAGAAAGGCGUCAGAGAGAGCUGCUGGAGCAGCACUAUGCCCAGUAUGAUGCUGAUGAUGACGAGAGCACUGUGGCUGAAUUGCAAGGAGUGUCUGGCAACUGCAAUAACAAUAACAACUAUUUCCUUAAGACAGGAGAAUAUGCCACAGAUGAAGAGGAGGAUGAGGCAGGACCUGUUCUUCCUGGCAGCGACAUGGCUAUUGAAGUCUUUGAGCUGCCUGAGAACGAAGACAUGUUUUCCCCAUCAGACCUGGACACCAACAAACUCAGUCACAAAUUCAAAGAGUUGCAAAUUAAACAUGCAGUUACAGAAGCAGAGAUUCAAAAAUUGAAGACCAAGCUGCAGGCGGCAGAAAAUGAGAAAGUGAGGUGGGAACUAGAAAAAACCCAACUUCAACAGAACAUAGAAGAGAAUAAAGAAAGGAUGUUGAAGUUGGAGAGCUACUGGAUUGAGGCUCAAACAUUAUGCCACACAGUGAAUGAACAUCUCAAAGAGACUCAAAGCCAGUAUCAGGCCUUGGAAAAGAAGUAUAAUAAGGCAAAGAAAUUGAUCAAGGAUUUUCAACAAAAAGAGCUUGAUUUCAUCAAAAGACAGGAAGCAGAAAGAAAGAAAAUAGAAGAUUUGGAAAAAGCUCAUGUUGUAGAAGUUCAAGGCCUACAAGUGAGGAUUAGAGAUUUGGAAGCUGAGGUGUUCAGGCUAUUGAAGCAAAAUGGGACUCAAGUUAACAAUAACAACAACAUUUUUGAGAGAAGAACUUCUCUUGGUGAAGUCUCUAAAGGAGAUACCAUGGAGAACUUGGAUGUCAAGCAGACAUCUUGUCAAGAUGGUCUAAGUCAAGACUUGAACGAAGCGGUCCCAGAGACAGAGCGCCUGGAUUCAAAAGCACUGAAAACUCGAGCCCAGCUGUCCUUGAAGAACAGGCGCCAAAGGCCCUCUAGGACAAGACUCUAUGACAGCGUCAGUUCAACAGAUGGGGAGGACAGUCUAGAGCGAAAGGGUUCGAGAACUUCUUCUCCAGAAUCAGAUUCUAGUGUUCCACCCCUCACCCCAGUGGCUAGCAAUGUGCCCUUCUCGUCUGACCACGUAUCUGAAUUUCAAGAAGGACUACUGCACCCAGAAAGGGAGCCUUUCUCCUCUAUUGGGGGAGACACUUCACUCUCCUCUCCUUCAAAAUCUGAUCAUGAUAUGGAAGAAUCUCCUUGCCACCAUCAAGCCACCACCACGAAGAUAUUACAGGAAGAAGAUGGUGCCAAAGGUCCCAGAUCACUAAGGGAAUCCAGUUCAUUGGUGGUGCAAGGAGGAAAAAUUAAGCAGAAGUUUGUGGAUCUGGGGGCACCUUUGCGAAGGAAUUCCAACAAGGGAAAGAAAUGGAAAGAAAAAGAAGCCAAUAGGUUUUCUACAGGUAGCAGGAUCUUCAGAGGCAGGCUGGAAAACUGGAAGCCCAGGUCACCCUCGGCAGCUCCGGCCUCCACUCGCUCCCCUUGCAUGCCUUUCUCCUGGUUUAAUGAAAGCCGGAAAGGAUCCUAUUCCUUCAGGAACCUGCCUUCAUCUACAAGUCCCCUUCAGCCUUCUCCUGAGGCUCUAAUUUCAGAUAAAACGGGGUCCAAGAAUUUUACCUUCAAUGAUGACUUCAGUCCCAGCAGUACCAGCUCGGCAGACCUGAGUGGCUUAGGAGCAGAACCCAAAACACCUGGGCUCUCCCAGUCCUUAGCACUGUCAUCAGAUGAGAUCCUUGAUGAUGGACAGUCACCCAAACACAGUCAGUGUCAGAAUCGGGCCGUUCAUGAAUGGAGCGUGCAGCAGGUUUCUCACUGGUUAAUGAGCCUAAAUCUGGAGCAGUAUGUAUCUGAAUUCAGUGCCCAAAACAUCACUGGAGAGCAGCUCCUGCAGUUGGAUGGAAAUAAACUUAAGGCACUUGGAAUGACAUCAUCCCAGGAUCGAGCCAUGGUCAAAAAAAAACUCAAGGAAAUGAAGAUGUCUCUAGAGAAGGCUCGGAAGGCCCAAGAGAAAAUGGAAAAACAAAGAGAAAAGCUGAGGAGGAAGGAACAAGAGCAAAUGCAGAGGAAGUCCAAAAAACCAGAAAAGAUGACAUCAACUGCAACAGAGGGCACUGGUGAGCAGUAACUCACACCCUCUCAGGGAGGGUGUUGAUGCUCCAGGAGAAGUCCCCACCUCUUCCUGCCCUGCUUUCCUCCGAAGGAUGAAGAAACUGAUAAUAGGGGUAAUGCUGCUCUAGGCAGAUGAGGAACCAUGUGUUGAGUAACUGCAUUUUCUGCAAUAAUAGGAUGUACUCUUCAUUUUAACCUACUGAAACAAUCCCAAACCACCUCUGGUUGAUUAACAAACCAGAGAUCUCGUUUAUGGGAGAUGCAAAGUAGCUGUGUUUCUCUCUUCUCUUACCAACAUCUUGUGUUGCGUUGGGUGUGUUGUGUCACUUGGAAAACCAGCAUGACCUUGCCCAACAAGAGCAUGACACACCCUGGUGUUGUUAAUGGAGUGCCAUGAAUUUUCAGUGUGGGAUCCUGAAACUGGGCAUUUGCGUAGAUAUGCAUGGCAGAGAGCAUGCUGCCAUGAGAUCUGGGAUCAGUACUUCUAGGGCUACAGAAUCUACUCCAGUGUAUGAGAACAGUUCCCCCUCAAUUCUGUCUGCACAGGGAGACAUCCCCUCUGUGGCAGCAUCAGUGCUUGACCACAUAAUUACCUGCUGAGGGAAAAAGCAAGCAAACUGUUCUGCUUGCUGGGCAUCAGAAAGAGAGAAGAAUCAUAGUUAUUUGUUAACUAUAGAAUAAAGCAAAAGCCUUAAGAAUGUGGAUGUGGAUAUUACCUUGGGAUUCUGAGGGUAACAUCUAUCCUCCAGAUAUAGCUGAAUAAAGAAGAAAAAAUCAGACAUUAAUGCAGCCAUGGGAUAUGGGGAUCUGUUGUUUACUUUGCUACUGCUGUGCGUUCAGUAUUUCAGCAACACUGGCAAACAUAACACAGUUCCUUUUUCUCCCCCAACAAAUUGAACAGGAAAUUGAUUUUUAAGGAAACUGCCAUUUUCAGGUUUCCUCUCCUGAGGAACAUUCUGGCAGGUCUUCAGCCUGCCUAUGUCACAGUCAGGAACUCAUCACAUAUUUUCUACUCAAGAUUUCCCAAGUGGGCUCAGUUAGUGUUUUAAUAAAUGUACUUUUAAGAAAAAUAGAAAUAACAGUUAAAGAAGAUUUAGAUUUGGGUAGCAUCAACCAGAGAACCAACUUUUUGAGCACACAGAAUGUUCCUGUAAAGGAGAACUGUCAGUUACAUUUUAGAGAUGUUUUGAAUGGUGGUUCUGAGCCUUUCUCUUCCAUACUUUAGAGAUUUCCACUUUACAGUUAAAGUUUGUUUAAGGCAGUACAUAGGAUACACUUUAGUAGUGGAGGAAUUUAUACUUAUUUUAAAGCCAGUAUUAAGGAUUUCAGUAUUUCACCAAAUUUAAGUCAAGUGCAGGAGACUGGGGCAGAAAGAGGACAAAAUAAAGUCAUCUUGAGAAAUUUCAAAUUUUGAAGUUCUUUGGUUUGUUUUUUGUUUUACUUUUUAUGCUCAUGUGCCUGGUUCUCUUUGCUGCAUUGACUCUAAAAAUGAUGUCAUCCGCUUUCCAAGAGACAAGUUUCAAAAUAAGACUUGAGACAAAAUGAAUUCUUGGACAAAUAUUUUACUUCCUUUGCUACGUGGGGGUCUCUGCUCUGUUCCCAGCACUGUCCAUAUCUUCUGCAGGAAGUGUUCUAUCUGCAGAGCUUGGGGGAGGGAUUUUGAAUAUUACAGGUAACAGACACUGUGGGGGACCUGCUUUUUAUAGCUCCAUCUCGUAUUUUGAACAUUGUGAUUUAUUUUUUGAUUUGAUUUGAUUUAUUUUGCUUAUAUGAAUGUCCAAGUUCUGGAAUUGUCUAAACUAGAAGUUUAUUACCCUCCUCUUUCUCCAAGGUUAUUUCCUUUUUGGUGCCAGAGUAUUGUCUGUUAAGCCUCAGCCCUUUUGCCACUGGGUACAGAUCAUUCAGUCCUCAGAAAUGCUGACACAAAGUAACAUCAUGUUUUACAAUUAUCAAAAUCACCAUUAUAUUUUUCUGUCUAUCUUCUUUUAGGGUAUGAUAAUGAAACUGCCAUACUGGAUGUUUUAUUAAUAUCUUGAAAUGUCUGGUGCUUUGCUAUUGAUUAGUAUCAUGAGAAACCAGGAGCCACUAUUAAUGAACUACAAAAUUUGGCAAACCUUUUCUAAUACUAAAAGACUAAAUUAGUAAAAAAUCUGGUAAUACUAGUGCUUGCUAUUGUAAAGUUUUGGCAUUUCUACUUAUUUUUGGGAAAAAAGUUAUCUGGAUUACACUGGAAGUUUUACUGUAUUCGUUUCAAGAAUGGAACUAGAAGGAUGAUUAUCCUAAGUUAUGUUUACACUUUGGUAACAUUUGAAAAUGAAUGUAUAUAUUGGAAAUGUCUAUAAGUCUGUGUCUUGGCACAUAAUUUAUAAUCUAUUAUAUUGCAUUUUUAAAUGUCUUAUAAGUAUUCUUUAUUAUAACUUUAUUUGUACACUUCUAAUGUUUAGAUCAAUCUCCAGCUGACAGUGUUAUAAAUCAAAUUCUUAUUCCUCAAAUCAUUUAGUUUGUAUUAUAACUAUUUUGAUUUUUUUAAGUUAAAUUAUAGUAAUUUUAGGUCUAAAUGAGUUAUUUUAAAUUUACUACUCAAAACUGCUGACAUUAUAAGACACUUGAUUUAAUUGGCCACAAAGGAUAAAAUGUAAAUUGGUAUAAGAGUGUGAAAAAAAGUGAAGGAACUCAGAUCUUGUGAACAUUUUAUUUUCCUAUUAUUUCUUUUAUUGACUAUAGUGCAUGAUACCUAAAUGAGAUUCCAGUGUGUUGCACAAUUCCUGCUUUAAUGCUAGUGGUUUUCAUUGUCCAUACAAUUGAAAACAAAGUUGUUGCUUCAUGAACCUUAAAGAUGUUGCAGUUUUUUAUUAUCAGAAAAUGAACGAAAAGGGAAUAUCUGGUUACUAUGAGCUAUAUUUACUAAAGGACUGCUCAGUGUGACUCUAAGAAUAGCCAAAAGUGCUUGGGGGCAUAGGUAGUGCUUUGUGGGGAGGCGAUGUGUGGUGAGGCCAAGCUGUAGACAGAGAGUGUGGUGCGAGCCCUAUCUGGGUCAGGGUUUUCCACUAAAGGAUUUGAGUUUUAUAACAAGAUUGCUUUGUUUAAGACCAUUUCCCUUAAGGUAACUCAUAAUUCAUGUAAUAAUUUUCUCAUUCUUUUUACGAGAGUCAGAAGUUUACUUCAGAGUGUUAAGUUAGGGCAGAAACCUCAUUUCGUACAUUCUAACACCCUGACGAAGAAGGUCCACCAUUAGUGUCAUGACAAUAAAGCUAUGCCGUGGCUCUCAUCCUUUAGCCAGGGUUUAUGUUGAUUUCUCACCCCCAAUAGCAAAUAAGCCUUUUUAACUUGCGACAGUUCAUGAUGGCAGUAUGACAAGUGCUAGUGCCAAACUCAGCUUUCGGUGGGCAAGAGGUGGAGAGCUCUACCUUGUGCUCCUUUGUUGUUGGAAACAAAGUGGUAAGAGGACGAGUGAGGAACCAAAUUAACCCUUGCCACUGCCUGUGACCUUAUAGUCGUCUCUAGCCUGAAAUCUCAAAAUACCUCAGGCUCAAGCUACAAAAAUGGUUGCAGGUUGUUUCAUCUAGCACCUCAACCUUUAUGAUUUUUGCUGAGGACAGAGAAUUCUCAUCUAGGUUCUUUGUGAAAUAGGAUUAACAUGUGUUUGAAAAUUACAUGUAAACAAAGGUAAAUAAAAAUUGGCAUUCAUAUAGAUAUUCUAACUCAUUUAUAAAUGUUAAAGAUUAUAUAGACUAAGCUCCAAGAGAGGAGACCCACUGUUUAACAAUAGUGUUCAAGAAGAUUCUAAAGGAAGGUGCCCCAACAAUUCUGAAAGAAACAUCUGUACUUUGGAUGUGUUGUGGCGUAAUGUCCUUCAUUACAAUAUGAUGUUUAAGAAUUACCAAAUUCCAUUUGAGCUAUUAAAGGUACUCCCAACAGAACUGGAAAUGAGGGGCACGUCCUUUUUGUGGAUAGCAGUUCAUGUCACCUACUCAAUUCUAAGCCACAGUGCUCUCUGAAUGAAAAGGUAAAAUGGAAAAGAAAAGUCCACUCUUUUUGUAUCUUUUCAAAUUUACCUUUAAUCAAGGAUCUACCUGUGCACUGUUCUAAAGCUAAGCAUUUAAGAAUGGGGUUCAAAAAUAAAAUGUUCAUAUUUUCUACUAGAAUUGUUUUCAUUGUGGUGAGAGGUAGAGGGAGAGUAAAUUCUAAGAAAGCAGUGCUAUCAGAAGUCUGAUGCACUUCAGUGAUUCACUCCUGAAAACUAGCCUGGGAAUAAAGGCAGAUUUUGUUUGCAUUUGUCUUUGGUAUUUAAAGUCUCAGGAAAUUUAGUCUUGGUCCAAAACACUGGGGAAAAAAAUAACACCAGACAAAACUCAUUUGAGUAACUUGAAGUAGCAGCAUAGAAUAGGCCCAGCUAAGAAGCUGGAGGGGAAAGAAAAAGCCUGCAGAAUCAAUUUCCCCCUGGUGAGUGAAAGCAUCAAUAUCUGUUUACAGCAGACAGAGGCACCUUACGUGCUUGUGCAUGGGUGUCUGUGUGGGUUUGUUGAGGGAAUGGUUGUUACUUGGAGGUUCACAUGUGUGAGCUUGUGGACUAAGCACAGCCUGUGACUUGCUUCCAGGUCCUCAGAGUGGCAAAGAAAAGAAACGCGAUUUCCAAUCCUUGGUCCUACCCCAACCCCCAAACCACUAGGGAUUCAAAAUGAGUAAGACAUAAGGAAUGAGAGAACAACAGACAACUUCUCAAUAAUGUGCAUGCCACUUGUGUAGGUGUUCAGAACUACAUAUGUGUGAAUAUACCUUCCAUCUUACACACACAUUCACCCUGCAAUCACAUCGCAUAAAAAAAAUAUAUUGUACAUGGAACUUGGUAAUGUCAGUUAAGAACCCAAGCUGUAAUCAUAGACUUAUUGCCACUUUUUGUGUUGUGUAUAUGUUGGAUGGCUCAUAGAUUUUAAGAGAUUUUUUAAAUGUAAGUAUUUCUACUAAAUGCACUUAUCCUUCUACAUGUUUAUAUAUUUUGGUAAAAUUGAUUUAUUAGAUAUUUGUUAUUUUAGUAAGAUAAAAUUUCCUCAGAUGUUUGGUUAAUGCUUUGAUGUCAAGAUUGCACAUUGCUAAUUUAGAGCUCAGAGGAAAUUUAUGCAACUUUGGGCAUUUUCAAGUGCGGGCUGCAGUUUUCCUGGCUGAAAAUUGCACUGUGUGUUCUUAUGCAUCUGCUCACACUUCUAAAAUGACAUAAUCGGUAGCUGUGAUGCUUAAGUCACUGGCUACUGGCUCUCUGAUAGAAAUGUUGCCACCAUAUGACCAUUUACUUACUUCUUGUGCCGAGUAAUGGCAUUUUGUGCUGAGUAAUGGCAUUUGGUGGUCACCAAAAAUAACACAAGUGGUUGUCAGUGUGAUUAUGUUGUUGGAAGGUGUACAUUUUUAUUUCUUUCAGCUAUUUUAUUUAUACACUGAGGUUUUCUGUGAAGGAUCUAAUCAUUCAUUCAUUUAAGAACAAUUGGCUAGAAAUAAUUAAAUUAGCUUUAAAAAGUGGGAAUUAAGAGACACUCCAGCUAGAUAACACCUCCCAACAACAUCCAAUUUAGUUAGUGCUUAGUGGAAUUUUAAAAAUGUAUAUGUAUAUGUGUUCCUGAAUAUUAUUUAAUGUCAUAACUGCUGCUUUUGUAUUUUUUAAUGGUGUUGCAAUUAAACCACUAGUACACCUGCUACAUAUUACUAACAAAGCUGGGCAGCUGAAAAUAAAAGAGAGAGAAUAAAUUCUGUUCCACUGUAAGAAGUUUAUUUUCAUCUUUCUUUAUAUGUCACUAAAGGAAAAGAGUUGCUUGGAAAUAAUUUCAAGUCUGAUAAGUAUGAAUAGCAUGUUACCUGAAACUUUAAUUUGUACACUCUGAUGUCUGAUCAUUUGCAUGGAAGAGACAAUAGUGCCACGUUUGAAUUGUUCUCUUGUGCUUGGUUAAUAUGUACUUCUCUAGAUUAUUCUGUUUCAAAUGACAUUUCUUACUCUUUGGUUUUCAGAAGCAUUCAAAGCAAAAUAUCACAGUGAUCCUUUGUUUUCUGACCAAUCUAAAAAUACCUGUGAUUAAAUUUAAUUUGUUAGUGUAAAUACGUUUCUUGCCAAUGAGUAUUAUUGUUGUUAGACAACGAAUGCAAUAAAAAGAAAUGCUGAGCUCUGUCGAAGUAA